AAGUCAAAACAAAUCUGACUGCUCAUGUGUUUUUCAUGUUUCGUGCUGCUGUGAUGCAAUAUUAACGAAAUCUUGUCUAAAUUUUAUAGCAGCUAGUUAUUAAAACUUAACGUUUAAAUCCAAAAAUGUCUCACAGAACUCUAAUCGACUUUGUGGUUAAGUACCACACACCGCGUUUGCUGAAUAGCAUGGUUUUCUUCCCAAGUCAAGGAAAUUUAUAUUUUGGAAGACGUUUGGUAGUACCCUCAGCAUCAUUCUCUACUUCAACUCCGAAGAUUCAGUCUCCAAGGCAAUUUGGAACGUCUGCAGCGAAGUUCAAUGAAGUACCUCUAACUACUGAACCAAAGAAGUUUGAAGGCAAGUUUCAGUUGAUGUACACAUGCAAGAAAUGCAACACUCGAAACUCGAAGUACAUAACAAAAUUAGCUUAUUACAAAGGCGUUGUAAUUGUAAACUGUGACGGCUGCGAAAACAAGCAUCUAAUAGCAGAUAACCUGAAUUGGUUUUCUGAUAUGAACGGCAAAAAUAAUAUAGAAGAUAUCAUGGCAGAAAAAGGAGAAACAGUACAGAAGAUCAUGUCUCCAGACCUAGAAUUUAUUGCUAUGGAAUUAGCAAAAGAAGUUGAAAAACAAGAACUGGAGAAAAAUUUGUUGCAAUAGUUUUUAUUUAAAAUAG